AUGUUCAAAGUCGCGGUCGCAGGUGGCGUCGGCAGUGCCAAGGUAUAUCAAAAUCAUCGUUACAUUUUUCGCUCUAGUAUAUCCUAUAACGCGCUUUUGAUGCGCCUUUAAACGAACAAACAUCGAGAAUAAAAUAUCGAGAAAAAAAGUGAACUCUUAGAACAUCUCAUUUUGUUUCUCCAAAAAUGCUCCUUUACAGAAAAAAGUCGCCGAAAAAUUGAAAACUUGUCUGUGGGAAUCCUGCAAGAUACCAUCUACAGUUUCAUCUUCUGGAGGUGAACUUUCUGAGAAAUUUACAGCUUCUGCCUCUCAACUCAUAAAGUUCAUGGACGCAAGUGGAAUAACUCAGCGCGCCGGACUAGAAACGACUUGCGCGCGUUGUCAUUUGUUUAUUACAAGCAGACCUAGUGCCGACGCGACGGCGAUGCUUCGAGCCAUUCCACGUGCGACCAUAGAAUUUCGAAACGAGACAAAUAAAUUAGAGAUCACGCUAAAUUAUAAUAUUCAGACAAUCUUUCUCUGACCAAAACCAACUGCUUCAUUCAUCAUGGAACCGAACUUUACCUUCAAAACCCGCCAAACAGCGACUUCAAAAUAUUUGUGGAUGUUCCCCUAGAUUUGCUCAUUAGCCGAUAUAGUGAAUAAUGUUUAAAAAAUAAUAUUAUUUAAAAUUUCCAGUUAUCAAAAACGCGGCCAGUCUAACAUACAGUUCAAAGAAAAUUCAUGAAAAAGUUGAUCAAUUUCGAAGAUUUCACAUCGAAGUCGUUUUGAAGCAGAAACGACUGGCCGACGCUUGGAUCAGCGAGGAUUCUGAUGAAAGUAGGGAUUUUUCGUCAGAUGAAUUUUGAAUUUUAAUUGCAGGACGGUUCGCUCUGAUCGCGUCGAAAGUUGCAGAGAAGAUGAGAAACGGAGAGAGGGAAGAAAGUCCAGAAUUUUCCGCAUAUUUUAAUAACUACCCUCAAAAGUUUAAUAAAGCUUUUCAAUAGACAAAUUGAGAGAAAACGAGUUGAAACAAAUAAAAAUAAUUGACGUCGAAUCUCACUUCAUUUUACAACUCGACACUUCGCUUCUACUAGUUCAUACACAACACACGAUGCACCGACUACCUUCAGAUCGUGAGGUAAAAUAUCCGCAGUUUUAUUCCAUCUUCGCCAAUUCUUCCAAUAAAUCUUUGAACUUUUAAGGAAACUGGCAAACUAAGAUCAAAAUAUCCUGCGUUUAUUCCACAAACCAGUAGUUAAUUGAAUAUGUGGGCAAUUCAUCAAAAAGCUCGCCAAGUUUUGAAAGAAGAAAUUUACUCCUUUUGAAGCUCUUCUUCUCCGGAUACUGUAACGCUUAAGCUAGCACUUAGUAGUUCAAGAAAUCGCGAAUGUCUGGCAACCUCUGAAACAUUCUCGACAGGAUUUUCUUCCAAAAGAGCCGAAAUGAAUUUUGCAACCUCUCAAGUGAUCUUUUAACGGCUCAGAAUCUCUUACCUUGGAAUCAAAACAGAGAUUUCAGUACGAAAAUCACUAUCACAUUUGGGAUCGGUUUCUGGAUUCGGCCGGAAAUCGGAAGAAGUCUAAGAGAUGUGGGUUGAAUUGAGAGAUGCAGAGAAAAAAGAAGAGUUUCAGGCAAGCCGACGAUGGACACGACCGGAACGGCUUUCACGACGAAGACCGUCCAGACAAGCUCCGACGUCACGGUCGUUUACUAUCAAAAACAGGUACUUAAGGGAGCACUUGGAGACGACAGCAGAAUAACCUUCCAGGAAAAGCCGAAAGAGAUCUCUGAGAGGCCUCUUGAACGGUUCCCAUCAAACACACGACCGGCAGAAAGAGUCAAGACCAACGGCAUGACUACUGAUUCUCAAAGAGCACGAGCUGCAGCUCCAUACCAACCUCCCAGCUGGACCUUCAAAUCAGACGCUGUUGACGUAAGAUUAUUCGGAAUAUAGCUCCUGGAACUUGUUGCUUCUAGUACUCAGUAGAGCGAGCUCGAGCAGCGUUCGCCGAAUAUUCCGACAGAAAGAGAAGCUCAAAAAGUUCGCGUCGUCAGAUAGGCGUCGAUUUCGAAGAAGUUGUUCCUCAACAACAACAACAUCAUCAUCGCAAAAGAGUUGCUCGGAAAGUCUCCGUCGGUUGCUGCGGGUCGGUCUUCACCACUCGGUAGAUCAAAAAAAAAGAAAGAAAUAAAAACAAAUUCUUUCUAAAUCACAAAAAUAAUUUUUUUAAUGUUAGAUAGAAACCGGCUGAAUAGUUCUAGGAGUAUAAAAAUUAUGAAGUUUGAUAAAAAAGACUCUGCGUGAGACGGAGGAGAGAAGGCAGACAAGCCAGACAGUUUCAAUUUCCUAAUCAAUGAAAAUAUACUGCUUUCAGAGCUUUCGAAGCGACUGAAGAGGAAGACGAAUGUGUUAUCCCAGCCCAUCAACCCAAGCGCAUCCAUUGGUAGGAGGGACUUCUUGUUGAAUUUUUGAAAAGUUCAUCACAGUCCCGUCGAAGAACCAGCCCCGGCCUUCUACGGAUCCAUCGAAGCGGAGAUCGCGGCCGGGAAAGCUGCCGAGCACCUGGCCAAGGCCUGCGAGAACCUCGACAAGUUGCGAUUCAUCGCCGACACGGCCUUGCCGUCUUCCGAGCAACAUCUGGUGUGUAGCCGACUAAAAACGGCUUUCCGAGUCGCGUAAAAGCAGACACUUUCCUUGAAAAAUACGCAAAAGUUAUUUUCUCAAGAAGGUUUUCAGGAGAACCUGACGACGAUAACCAACGAGCUCAAGCAGUUCAACUCACAGUUGAAAGACCAUCGCUACAAGGACAAGUUUAUCAAGGUUCGGUUUGACAUAACUUUGCUUGAACUCGACCCAACAAUAGGAAGCUAGGCUUUUCCGCAUUCGAAUGACAUCAGAAAUGUCGCGUCAAAGACUUUUCUGUUUGUUUCAGAGCUCGGCUCGCGUCGCUCACUUCAUCCUGUAA